AUGAUGGCGAAGGCGCACGCGCUCCUCACCCUGGUGAGCGUGCUGCCGGUCCCCUUCGCCCUGGUGCUCAUCAAGCGGACGGGCAGGAUCGUCGGCAAGUACGGGGUGAUGCAGAACGACGCCCUCGCCCGCGUCAACGCGGUGGCCAGCGAGGCCAUCGGCAGCGCGCGGGCGGUGCAGCUGGCCGGGGCAGAGGCCACCGAGCAGCGGCAGUACGCCGGGGCGAUAGGCACGUACCUCGAGGUGAUCCGGCGCACCCUGUUCCAGGAGACCGCGCUGCGCUUCAUCCAGGGGGGGCUGUCGUCAACGACGCCUUCACAGACGUGCCCCUCAUGUGCCUCGCGUGCUGGUUCAUCUCCCGCGGCCAGCUCACGGUGGGGCAGUUCUACACGUACCGCACGCUGCUCUGGAGAGCUACCGCAGGGGCUUCCGCGAGCUCGCCGAGCUCUUCACGGGGCUCUCGCGGGUGCAGGCCGUCUCGAAGCGGUACUUCGACAUCGCCGACCGCGAGCCACUGGUCACCAGCGCCCCCGGCGCCGCGCGGCUGGACCCGCGGGCCGUGCGGGGCGUGCUGGAGCUCGAGGGCGUGUCCUUCCGCUACGCGGGGCAGGACGGAACGCUGGGCGGUGCGCGACGCGAACCUGCGCCUGCGCCCUGGCGAGGUCGUGGCCCUCGUGGGCGCCAGCGGCGCGGGCAAGUCCACGCUGCUGCGCCUCUGCGCGCGCCUGGCCGACCCGGAGGAGGGCGCCGUGCGGCUGGACGGCCAGGACCUGCGGGAGCUGGACCUCCAGGACCUCCGCCGCUGCCUGGGCGUCGUGGACCAGGACCCGGCCAUGUUCGACCGCACGGUCCGCGAGAACAUCGCCUACGGCGCCGAGCCCCCCAGCGGCGGCGUCGAGGCGGCGGCCCGCGACGCCAGCGCCGAGGCGUUCGUCGCCGCGCUGCCCGGCGGCUACGAGGAGCGCCUCGGCGAGCGCGGCACGAGGAUAUCGGGAGGCCAGCGGCAGCGCCUCGCGCUCGCGCGGGCGCUCGUGCGCGGGGCGCCCAUCCUCCUGCUGGACGAGCCGACCUCCGCGCUCGACGGCGAGACCGAGGAGGCCGUCGCGGGCGCCCUGGCGGAGCUCGCCGCCCGGGGCCGCACGGUCCUCGUCGCGGCGCACCGCGUCACGACCGUCGCCCGGGCACACCGCGUGGUGGUGCUGCAGGAUCGGGCCGCGUCGUGGAGGAGGGCACCCGCUCGGCGCUGCUGGCCCGCGCCAGCUCCGUGUACCGCACGGUGGUGGAGCCCGAGCUCGGCCGCUGAGAGGCCGGCGCGGGCCCUUAGGGAGCGCGCCCCCUAGCGCCCUCGGGCCCGCUUCACUCCUCCGUGCCUCCCGCGACGCCUCGGUCUGCAGGGCCUUCUCGGCGCGGCGUGCGUGCCCGCGCGGGGGCCGCGCUGCUGCCGCUGCCGCGCGCGGCUGCGGGGCUCUCCGGGGGUGA